CCAGGAGCUCCAGUCUAAGAGGCGAGAGUCGGUGAUGCCCCCUGCGCGCUCGGCUUGCCGGGCGCCCGGUUCCUACCUGUAGAGUCCCGGGGCGGUGGUGAGGCUGUCCCGAACACCUGUUCUUCUUCGGAAACCUCCCGCCCAGCUACCCGUGUUUCGGACAGGCGGCGUUGGGACCCGGGACGGGCGCCAAGCUCGCAGCUGGUGACAUGUAGACGGCCUCCUCACCCCAAGUCCAGCCUCAGGACCUGGGCGCCCUCCUGCCCGGAAAGUUUGGGGCUGGUAGCCAUGGCCAAGAGCAGCUCCCUGAAUGUCCGUGUGGUGGAGGGCCGGGCUCUGCCCGCCAAGGACGUGUCUGGAAGCAGUGACCCCUACUGCAUAGUGAAGGUGGAUGAUGAGGUGGUGGCCAGGACAGCAACCAUCUGGCGGAGCCUGAGCCCUUUCUGGGGGGAGGAGUAUACUGUACACCUGCCCCUGGAUUUCCACCAUCUGGCCUUCUAUGUUCUGGACGAGGAUACAGUAGGGCAUGAUGACAUCAUUGGCAAGAUCUCGUUGAGCAGGGAGGCAAUUGUAGCUGACCCCAGAGGAAUUGAUAGCUGGAUCAAUCUGAACCGUGUGGACCCAGAUGCAGAGGUGCAGGGUGAGAUCUGCCUGUCUGUGCAGAUGCUGAAGGAAGUGCGGGGCUGUUGUCUUCGCUGUCAUGUGCUCCAGGCCAGAGACCUGGCUCCCCGCGACAUCUCCGGCACAUCCGACCCAUUCGCACGUGUGUUUUGGGGUAGCCAGAGCUUGGAGACGUCGACCAUCAAGAAGACCCGAUUCCCACACUGGGACGAGGUGCUGGAGCUGUGGGAGCUGCCAGGUGGCCCAUCCCCACUGCGGGUGGAGCUCUGGGACUGGGACCUGGUGGGCAAGAAUGACUUCCUGGGCAUGGUGGAGUUCCCCCCACAGGUCCUGCAGCAGAACCCACCCAACGGCUGGUUCCGCCUCCUACCCUUUCCCAGAGCUGAGGAGGAUUCUGGGGGGAACCUGGGUGCUCUGCGGCUGACAGUGCGCCUCACUGAGGAUCGUGUCCUGCCCUCCCAGUACUACCAGCCACUCAUGAAGCUGCUCAUGGAGUCUGUGCUGGGGCCGGCCGAGGAGGAUGCUGCUAGCCCCCUGGCUGUGCUGGAGGAGCUGACCUUGGGGGACUGCCGCCAGGACCUGGCCACCAAGCUGGUGAAGCUCUUCCUUGGCCAGGGCCAUGCCAGUCCCCUUCUGGACUACCUCACCCGACGUGAGGUGACCCGGACCACCAACCCCAAUACCCUGUUCCGUUCUAACUCCUUGGCAUCCAAGUCGAUGGAACAGUUUAUGAAGCUCGUGGGCAUGCCCUACCUGCACGAGGUGCUGAAGCCCGUGAUUAAUCGCGUCUUUGAGGAAAAGAAGUACAUAGAGUUGGACCCAUGCAAGAUGGACUUGGGCCGCACCAGGAGGAUCUCCUUCAAGGGUACACCCUCAGAGGACAACUUGCGGGAGGCCAGCCUGGGGCUGCUGACCGGCUACCUCGGGCCCAUCGUGGAUGCCAUUGUGGGCUCCGUGGGGCGCUGCCCACCCACGAUGCGUCUUGCCUUCAAGCAGCUGCACCAGUGCGUGGAGGAGCACUUUCCCCAGGCAGAGCACAAGGAUGUGAAGUACCUGGCCAUAAGUGGCUUUCUUUUCCUGCGAUUCUUUGCACCUGCCAUCCUCACCCCGAAGCUGUUUGAUCUCCGAGACCAGCAUGCAGAUCCCCAGACCAGCCGCUCACUGCUGUUGCUUGCCAAGGCUGUGCAGAGCAUUGGAAACCUGGGCCAGCAGCUGGGCCAGGGCAAGGAACUGUGGAUGGCCCCCCUACAUCCCUUCCUGCUGCAGAGUAUCUCGCGUGUGAGAGACUUCCUAGACCAGCUGGUGGAUGUGAAUGGGGAAGAGGAGGCUGGGGGCCCAGCCAGGGCCGUGGUCCCACCAUCGGUGACCGUUCGAGAAGGCUACCUCCUGAAGCGCAAGGAGGAGCCCGCCAGCCUGGCCACGCGCUUUGCCUUCAAGAAGCGUUACUUCUGGCUCAAUGGGGAGACUCUCUCCUACUCCAAGAGUCCUGAGUGGCAGGUGGGGCUCCAACCCGCAGUGGAGGCGUUUCUGGUGGUGGCUUCCCUCUUAGAGCUGCCUCUUUGUAUCCCGGGGAAUCUGAGGCCCAGGAUGGGGCCAGGACCAUGCAGGGCCCUGCAGCAACUGAGCAAGUCCAAACUCUCCAGCAGGCUCUGUUCACUUCUCAGGGACAGGACAGCUGCCGGAUGCAGCCGCACACACUCAGCUGUGACCCUGGGGGACUGGAGUGACCCGCUAGACCCCGAUGCUGAGACCCAGAUGGUGUACCGGCAGCUGCUCCUGGGGAGGAACCAGCUCAGGAUGAAAUUCCUGGAGGAUUCCAACACAGAUACAAGUCUGGCAGCGGAUGCAGGGAAGGGCCCCAGUACCACAAAAGGGGCCUGUCCUGAUGCCCUGGUCCGGCAGCGGGAGGCAGCUGCCCACCUGCUGGAGGUGCUCGCAGAUUUGGAUCGAGCCCACGAGGAGUUUCAGCAGCAGGAACAGGGAAAGGUGGCCCCAGGUCCCCUGGGGCCCUGAGGACAUGCCAGAGCCAGCCUGGAAGGAGGAGGAAGGAGCCGGGCUCUUCUCAGCAUACCCUGGCCCAGAAGCCCCUCCUGGCAGUCCUGUACCCACUGAUGCUGUGGCUUGGGGGCUUCUGGAGAUAUCCUUGCCCCAUGUGCCCUAAGUCCAGAACUCUGGGCAUGGAAGCCCUCUGGCAGAGGGCCAGCCUUGUACUAAAUGAGCCUUGCUCUCUGGGUUGAGGCAGACUGGAGAGGAUGGGAUAAGGAACUGACUCAUUUGGCUCAGCCUGACAUCUCUGCUUCACCAGACUGUCCUCUACCCACAAUCAAGAGGCCAGCUUGGCCCUGAGUUGCUGUUACAGCUGUACCUGAAUUUCUAAUGCCCAUGUGGCUUUGUUGUCCCAGACAGGCACUAAAUGGGCUCAGCCCUUCCUGUUUUCA